AGCGCAGUGGCCGCCGCUUCCUGGUUGCCGGUGGGCGCCGAGGGCCGCGUUGAGCCGAGGCGAUGUUGCCCUUCACUGUGAACUUCAAGGUGUCGGCGCGCACCCUCACCGGGGCCCUCAAUGCUCACAACAAGGCGGCGGUGGACUGGGGCUGGCAAGGUUUAAUUGCUUAUGGAUGUCACUCGCUUGUGGUAGUGAUCGAUUCCAAUACUGCCCAAACUCUUCAAGUUUUAGAAAAACAUAAAGCUGAUGUGGUCAAGGUUAAAUGGGCCAGGGAAAAUUAUCACCAUAACAUUGGCUCACCAUAUUCCUUGCGCUUAGCUUCUGCUGAUGUCAAUGGAAAGAUCAUCGUUUGGGAUGUAGCUGCGGGAGUAGCUCAGUGUGAGAUCCAAGAGCAUGCCAAACCUAUUCAGGAUGUUCAGUGGUUGUGGAAUCAAGAUGCUUCCCGAGAUUUACUACUUGCUAUCCACCCACCAAAUUAUAUUGUGCUCUGGAAUGCAGAUACUGGCACCAAACUGUGGAAGAAAAGCUAUGCAGAUAACAUUCUUUCUUUUUCUUUUGACCCUUUUGAUCCCUCACAUUUAACUUUACUCACCAGCGAGGGUAUUGUAUUCAUCUCAGACUUCUCUCCAUCCAAGCCUCCCUCGGGCCCUGGGAAAAAAGUUUACAUAUCCAGCCCACACUCUAGCCCAGCUCAUAACAAGCUCGCUGCAGCCACAGGGGCCAAGAAGGCUCUUAAUAAAGUAAAAAUCUUAAUCACUCAAGAGAAACCUAGCGCUGAAUUUAUAACUCUCAACGAUUGCCUUCAGUUGGCAUAUCUGCCUUCCAAAAGAAAUCACAUGUUGUUACUGUAUCCUCGAGAGAUUUUAAUCCUUGACCUUGAGGUGAAUCAAACAGUGGGUGUGAUUGCAAUAGAACGAACAGGAGUUCCAUUUCUGCAGGUAAUACCCUGCUUUCAACGUGACGGUUUAUUUUGCCUACAUGAAAAUGGUUGUAUAACUUUACGUGUUCGAAGAUCUUAUAAUAGUAUUUUUACCACUUCAAAUGAGGAACCAGAUCCAGAUCCUGUCCAAGAGCUUACCUAUGAUUUACGAAGCCAAUGCGAUGCAAUCAGGGUGACAAAAACUGUCCGUCCCUUCAGUAUGGUGUGUUGUCCUGUCAAUGAGAAUGCAGCUGCCCUCAUUGUGAGUGAUGGCAGGGUCAUGAUAUGGGAACUGAAGUCUGCCGUUUGUAAUCGAAAUUCACGGAGCAGUAGUUCUGGUGUAUCACCUUUAUAUUCACCCGUGUCUUUCUGUGGAAUUCCUGUAGGAGUGCUACAGAAUAAACUCCCAGACCUCUCCUUAGAUAACAUGAUUGGACAAAGUGCCAUUGCUGGGGAGGAGCAUCCUAAAGGCCCCAUUCUUCAGGAAGUGCACCUCCGCUUCCUGCUGACAGGACUGCUUUCAGGGCUGCCCUCUCCACAGUUUGCCAUCCGUAUGUGCCCGCCAUUGACCACCAAAAACAUCAAGGUGUAUCAGCCAUUGCUUGCGGUUGGUACAAGUAAUGGUUCUGUCCUGGUGUACCAUCUCACCAGCGGGCUGCUGCAUAAGGAGUUAAGCGUCCACUCCUGUGAAGUCAAGGGUAUCGAGUGGACAAGUUUGACUGGUUUUCUUUCCUUUGCUACUUCAACACCAAACAAUAUGGGAUUAGUGAGAAAUGAACUUCAGCUGGUUGAUCUUCCAACAGGUAGGAGCAUUGCUUUUCGCGGUGAACGAGGCAAUGAUGAGUCACCCAUCGAAAUGAUUAAAGUAUCUCAUUUGAAGCAGUAUUUGGCAGUUGUAUUCAAAGAUAAACCCCUCGAAUUAUGGGAUGUUAGGACUUGUACCAUUCUUAGAGAAAUGUCCAAAAACUUCCCUGCAAUAACUGCUUUGGAGUGGUCCCCAUCUCACAACCUGAAGAGCCUGAGAAAGAAACAAUUGGCCACCCGAGAGGCCAUGGCCCGCCAGACCGUGGUCUCAGACACAGAGCUGAGCAUCGUGGAAUCCUCCGUGAUCAGCUUGUUGCAGGAGGCAGAAAGUAAAUCUGAACUCAGUCAGAACAUCUCUGCCCGGGAGCAUUUUGUGUUUACCGAUAAUGAUGGCCAAGUUUAUCAUCUCACAGUGGAAGGAAACUCAGUGAAAGAUAGUGCUCGGAUUCCACCAGAUGGAAGUAUGGGUAGUAUUACCUGCAUCGCUUGGAAAGGUGACACAUUAGUUCUUGGAGAUAUGGAUGGAAAUUUAAAUUUUUGGGAUUUGAAAGGCAGAGUAUCCAGAGGAAUACCUACACACAGAAGCUGGGUGAGGAAGAUUCGUUUUGCUCCUGGUAAAGGAAACCAGAAAUUAAUAGCAAUGUACAAUGAUGGUGCUGAAGUGUGGGAUACUAAAGAGGUUCAGAUGGUGAGCAGUUUAAGAAGUGGAAGAAAUGUGACCUUUCGGAUAUUGGAUGUGGACUGGUGUACAUCAGAUAAAGUGAUCUUGGCAUCAGAUGAUGGGUGUAUCAGAGUCCUGGAGAUGUCUAUGAAGUCCACUUGUUUUAGAAUGGAUGAACAAGAGUUAACCGAGCCUGUGUGGUGCCCCUAUCUCCUUGUUCCAAGGGCCUCCCUUGCCUUGAAAGCUUUCUUAUUACACCAGCCAUGGAAUGGACAGUAUUCUUUGGACAUUUCUCAGGUUGAUUAUCCAGAAAAUGAAGAAAUAAAGAAUCUCCUUCAAGAGCAGCUGAAUUCAUUGUCAAAUGACAUCAAGAAACUCUUGCUCGACCCAGAAUUCACUCUCCUGCAGAGAUGCCUGCUUGUUUCAAGGCUUUAUGGCGAUGAGUCGGAGCUGCACUUCUGGACCGUUGCUGCCCACUACCUGCACAGCUUGUCCCAGGAAAAGCCAGCAGGCACCCCAGCCUCUAAAGAAACCAUGCCUCGGGACAAAGUGAACAACCCGCUGGAUAUAUGUUAUGAUAUACUCUGUGAAAAUGCCUAUUUUCAGAAAUUUCAGCUGGAAAGGGUUAAUCUACAGGAAGUAAAGCGGUCAACUUAUGAUCAUACAAGGAAAUGUACAGACCAGCUACUUCUCUUGGGUCAAACAGACAGAGCUGUGCAGUUGCUAUUGGAAACAAGUGCGGAUAACCAGCAUUAUUACUGUGACUCCCUGAAAGCCUGUUUGGUCACAACUGUCACCUCCUCAGGCCCCUCCCAGAGCACCAUUAAGCUGGUGGCAACGAACAUGAUCGCCAAUGGCAAACUGGCAGUCAAGAGCGUCUGCAGUGGAUCAGAAAUGCACAAGAGCGGGUGCAGUCACGCGGUGGUGGCUUGUCAGGGAGGGGCCGCGGCGUCACCCGAGGGGCUGCCGUUCUGUCUUCCAGAGGGGGUGCAGCUGCUCUGCCUGAUAGACAAAGCUGCAGACGCCUGCCGCUACCUGCAGACAUACGGCGAGUGGAACCGGGCGGCGUGGCUGGCAAAAGUCCGUUUAAGUUCUGAAGAGUGCGCCGAUGUUUUAAAGCGGUGGGUUGACCACCUCUGCUCUCCACAAGUCAACCAGAAGUCAAAGGCCCUCCUGGUCCUCCUCUCCCUGGGCUGCUUUUUCAGCGUGGCUGAGACACUUCACAGCAUGAGAUACUUCGAUAGAGCUGCCUUGUUUGUGGAAGCCUGUCUCAAGUAUGGUGCAGUCGGAGUCACUGAGGACACAGAGAAACUCAUCUCUGCUAUAUAUGCAGAUUAUGCCCGAAGUUUGAAGAACCUCGGUUUUAAACAGGGAGCCGUUCUUUUUGCCUCAAAAGCUGGAGCGGCUGGCAGAGAUUUAUUGAAUGAGCUGGACUCCCCCAAGCAAGAACGGACCGAAGAGUGACAGGCCAGUAUGUGCUGGGGAGCCUGGCUUCGCAAGCAGGACGGGGCUGGUCUGGCAGUGCUCAUGCUCACGCUCAUGGCCACGGUCCGGACUGCUGAGGAUGCCGUCCUCCCAGGGUCCCCAGGAGCUGCUCACCACUUCUCUGAGGCUGCAGGGGCACAGCAGCCAGUGAGCAUUUACACGGUCAGGAGCAAGUUCCUCCUCCUGUGUUUAUCUCAGAGGAAAGCCUGGAAUGCUUCAGACUUGGAAAGGGGGUAACAUUUUACACUUUCAGAGACAGCUUUAAGAGUCCCUGGAAAUACUUCUAAUUUUUUUAAAACUUAAAAUUCAAGUGACUGAAUUGUUUUUCCCAUUGACUGAAUGGAAAGAUAUUUGAAAAAUCUAAUAGUAAGACAAGUUUGUGAGACUUAUUCUCAAAUAUGUGCUGUGCUUAUGUUUAUAUACAAUCAUUCAAGAGACAGAGCAGAGACGUUGCAACAGUGAAGACGACUUACCAAAGCAUUCCUUGUUUCUUACCUUGAGAACAUGGAACUCGUGAUUCUCUGUUUUAGGCAGUUGCUACAUUUUGUAAUUUCAGGCUCAUAGGCUCAUAGGGAAAUUUUAAGCUUUAUGUUUUGUUCUAGUAUGUGGGGUCUUGGGUAUUUUGAAUUUUAACUCCUCUGAUGUAUUAUAUAACCUCCUUUUUGAACUCUCUGUGCUUUAAUUUUCUGUCUUUGUGUUUGUCCAACAACUGAAAUAUAUCAGAUGUGACUUAUAAAUUAUUGCUGUCUGUAACUUACCAAAAUGAUAAAUAAAAAGGAAAUUCCAGCCA